AUGAAGCUGGACCAGGUCAUUGUGUCCGACACGAAUCGCACUCCCAUCGUUCAAAUCAUCACCUGGCUGUGCCUGGUGACGAGUUUACUGGCUUUCCUCACGCAUGCGGGCAUCAAAUUCUACGUGUUUCGGGCCCUGAAAAUCGAGUCGUGGUUCGUUCUCGUCUCACUUGCCUUUUGCAUCGCGCAGUCCAUCGCCGUUAUCAUACAAUGCGCCAACGGCUACGGCAAACCGUUGGCAGACUUGACGUUUGGUGAAAUUCAAGCCAAUCUCCAGAGCGAGUAUGCCUCUACGAUCCUCCUCUUCGCGUCGCUCGGAUUCUCCAAGCUCGCCAUCGGUGCCUUCGUGCACAACUUGACGCCGUCGAAGCUGCACCGCAAGAUCAACUAUGGCAUUGGCAUUGUCGUCGGCCUGUGGAUCAUCUGCUCGAUGCUGGUGGCUGCAUUUCAGUGCCGUGUACCGCGACCCUGGGACAGGCUGCUGAAGGAGCGAUGUACGGAUCGCUUUGCCUGGUGGAAUGCAAUCGCAGGGUGGAACAUUGCCACUGAACUCGCCAUUGUCGGGCUGGAACUCGGCAUCACGGCGAAGCUGCACGUCAAACGCCAGCGAAAAGCCACCGUCAUGACUCUCUUCGCAUGUCGCCUUCUCGUCCUCAUAGCGGCGGCUGUCCAACUCUCCUUCUUCUACAAAGAAAGCAAUGACCCCAAACUAAAGGACGACAUCACGCUCGGCUACUGGCGUUCCACGACGUGCACCCAGGUCAUGCAGUGCCUCGCCAUCGUCACCACCUGUCUUCCUUACACCAAGAUCUUCAUGGAGGGCUUCGAGUCCGGACUCAUGCGUCUGGACGACCUGAGGCGCAAGGGAGAACACACAUCGGCAUACAGCAGAUCACGCAGCAAGGAAAGCUACCAGAUGAUUAACAUGAGUGGCUCAAAGUCUGCACGGUCGAAGUCGACGCGCGACAGGACCCAGGACAGGUCGGCCAAGUCGAUCAAGGUGGCGCAGAGUUGGGCAGUGGAGAUCGCAGAGGCCGCCGAGAGCGACUCUUCGUCGACAAAGAACCUACGCAGUGAUGGCGUGGCGCAUGAAACGAGUGUGGAAGGUAGGAGGACGGCGUUGUGA